AUGAUAGCAGCAUUGUUUUUGCAAUCUCUUUGGAGGUUUAUUGAUUGGCCACCAAUUUUAGCUUGUAAAGAUGUAUGUGUUGAAUUGCAGGAGCUCUUCUCAGAAGCUGGUGACCUGAAACGCUAUGCUAUACAUUAUGAUAGGAGCGGGCGAUCAAAGGGAACGGCAGAGGUGGUCUUCUUGAGUCGACAAGAUGCACUAGCUGCCGUUAAGAGGUACAAUAACGUUCAGCUUGAUGGGAAGCCAAUGAAGAUUGAUAUUGUUGGGACCAACAUUGCCACUCCCGCUGCCCCUGCUUUCAAUGGUGCUUUUGGUUUUGGAGACGCUAAUGGAGGUCCCAGAAGUGGUCAAGCAAGAGGUGGUGGCUUUGGGAGGUCACGGCGUGGUAGAGGACGUGGUCGCGGAUUUCGAGGAGGCAGCAGAGGACGGGGAAGAGGAGAUCGUGGAGAAAAGGUAUAUGCAGAAGAUCUAGAUGCUGAUCUGAUGAAGUAUCAUUCAGAAGCAAUGCACACAAACUGAUGGGUCCGGUAGCAAUGUUUGCCUCUACAUCCAGUGCCUAGUGCAGCCAGACUUUCUGUACUUUAGUGUUCUUCUCUUUUCAAGUUGCAAGAAAGAAAGUACUUAUAGGAAGAUUUGAACAUUUGCUGUAUGGGAAUUGAGCUUCUUCUUUAUUUGUUCCCUUGAUUUGGAUUUGUGCUUGGGUGGAGUGAUUUGUGUAUUCUACCAACUCUUUAGUUUAUUUAAGAGGUGGACGAUUAGAGUGGAAA